AUGGCCUCGAAAUCAGCCAGCGCCAAGUCCGAGCGCUGGACAACAUGGAAUCGACACAGACCGCAAUCGCAAUCGAUCCAGAGACUCAAUCUCGCCGUGGCUGUGUGUGCAGCCGUUCUCCUGUUCUUCUACAGCAUUGACUGGCUUCUGCCUCCGCCUCGGGGCCAACAGCAGCAGCAGCAGCAGCAGCAGCAAUCUGGAGUGGUGCCCGCAACGACACCAUUCCGCUGGCAUAGUAUUACGCCGGCCAGAGAUAUUCAAUACCACGAUUGCUACGAUGGCAUGCAAUGCGCGCGACUCGACGUUCCCAUGGACUACAACUGCGACGAUCCUGACGAGUCUCCCGAUCGUGUCGCCUUAGCUAUCAUCAGACUGCCUGCGAAGGUCCCCGUCAGCGACCCCCGCUAUGGAGGAGCGAUCCUCGUCAAUCCAGGUGGCCCAGGCGGUUCCGGUGUGGCGAAGGUGCUGUACCACGGUUCGCUGAUUCAGCAGGUCGUGGAUUCACCACGGGCUCUGAACGAUUCCAAAACGGACGACAAGUAUUUCGACAUCAUCGGCUUCGACCCCAGAGGCGUCAAUAACAGCACCCCGAUCCUGGCGUGCUUCCCGGACAAUGUAGCGCGGCAGACGUGGAACCUGCAGGUCGAGGCGGAAGGACUGCUCGGGAGCUCCGAAGGCUCGCUGAGAACGGCGUGGCGACGAGCCCGCGCAUGGUCCGAAGGCUGUUCCGGCCGUCUCGAGUCCGAGAACGGAACCAACUUUCUCGAACAUGUCAACACCACGCCCGUCGCCGCAGACAUGGUCGAGAUCAUCGAGCGACAUGGCCAGUGGCGGGAGCGAGUCGGAGCCGAAGCACAAGCGGCUCACGAUGCCCUCCAUGGCCGGGAUGCAGAGCAACAGAUGGUCGAGCGCACCAAGUGGCACCAGGGCAACGAGCCACUCCUCUAUUGGGGCUUCUCCUACGGAACGUUGAUCGGAGCGACCUUUGCCUCGAUGUAUCCGGACCGGGUCUCGCGCGUGGUGCUGGACGGCGUCGUGGACGCGCAAGACUACUACAACGGCCCGUGGAUGGGGAACUUGAUCGACACCGACCUGAUCCUGCACAAGAUCAUGGGCUACUGCUCCGACGCCGGGCCUGAGCAAUGCCCGUUCUGGAGACCCGGAGGCCAGCCCGCCAUCCAGGCCGCGUACGAGAAACUGCUGCACGACAUCUGGGACGACCCGCUCUCGGUGGCGGGCAAUCAACGGCGUGGGCCCGAAAUCAUCACGUGGAGCGACGUCAAGAUGGUGGUCAAGAACGCCCUCUACCAGCCCAUCAUGCUGGCGCCGGUCAUGGCAAAGCUGCUCCAGGACAUCACCAACGGCACGGGCGCCUUGUUUGCCGAGUACAAGCAGACCACGCGCAACCCGAGCUGUCGCUCCGCCCGGUGCGAACUCGACGGGCCCUUCUCGCACCACUGUGUCUCUCCCGACUGGAGUGAGCUCGAGGCCACUUCGGCCGUGCUGUGCACCGACGCCGAAGGCAUCGGCAGCUUCACCGAGGACGAGUUCCGCUCGUACUGGGAAACCCUGCGCGACCAGAGCUCCGCCAUGGGCGACUACUGGGCCCAGACCCGGCUGGGCUGUGCGGGAUGGAAGACUCGGGCGAAAUGGCGCAUUGCUGGGCCUUUUGGCACGGCAGAUCCAGAAACAGAAACACUAGCACAAAAUCCACCCGAGGACAAAGGUAUACAUGACAUGGCUGAAACUUUGCAUCCUAUCCUUUGGAUCUCCAAUACUCUUGACACCGUCACGCCGCUGCGCAAUGCCCAGAGAAUGGCUGCCCGCUUUCCCGGGUCGGUGCUUCUCCAACAAGACGCCGAGGGCCAUUGCUCGUUCACCGCGCCCUCGUUGUGCACGGCUAAGGCCAUCAGACGGUAUUUCCAGACUGGCGUCAUGCCGGAUAACGGCACGCUGUGUCAGCCGGAUAUCAAGCCGUUUGAGCUGCCGCGUGUGGGCAGCACCGGGGCAGAAGCCAUGAGCAGCUUGCCUCGAACGGCUCUGGCCAGUAUGGAUCGGUCGUGGAUGAGCGACGAGGACAGAGUCCUUCUCCUUGCGCUUGUUGAGAUUGCACGGACUGGCGACGUCGCUCAGAUGUGGUAG